CUGGUUGCGCAAAAACAUACGUAAAUAACCAACUAAACGGUUAAUAUCUUUCCUCCAACAGUCGGCAAAACCUAACCAAGAUGCCGGAGGCUCCAGCACGCAAUCCAUUGGAUAGCUUCAUUAACGCCGUCCACGCCACGAUCGAAGCUCCCGUAGUCUGGUUCCGGGAGAAAAUUGUCGAACCCAACCGGGAGACCUAUCCGUGGUACCAUCAGCAGUACCGUCGGGUUCCGUCGAUCGACCAAUGCUAUACCGACGAUGCGGUUUGCAUUUUUGAAGCGAACCAACAGUUCAAACGUGAUAAAUUGGUAGACAAUGAAAUCCUUGCAAUCUUGCGCCAACGCUUGGAGGAUUGUGUGAUGUACGAACAGCCGGAUCACGAGCGGAAGUGCCAAUCGAUCCUGCGUACCUACGAAAAGGGCGCCGAAAAUUGGUUCAUAAAGUAUGGUGAUCUUGGUGGUUACGCGAAUGCCAAGAGCGCGUACAUGAAGCAGAAGCACCGCAUGAUUUGGGAAAGACGUCACGGAACGGUCGGCAGCGGCAUGAAGACUACCGGCGAUGACGAGGCUGCCGAACACUAGGGGUGCUUUGGAGCGGAAGUGUAGCCAGCUGUACGCAAGGCAGUGGCAAACCGUAGUGAAAACGUGGAGUUUAUGUCGCGCUUACAAUGUUGAAUUGGAGUGUAAAUAAAAGAGCAAACAUAAAUACAUCAA